AUGCAGAUCGGAAAGCUAUGCAUAGAGGUUGAAAGCAGCAGCAAAAUAGCCUUUAUAUCAGAGCCUCUGUGCAUAGGCUGCGGCAUCUGUGUAAAGAAGUGCCCUUUUGAAGCAAUUACAAUUAUUAAUUUAGCUAAAGAUUUAGGCUGCGACGUCUCGCAUAGAUAUGGACCUAACUCUUUUAAACUUCAUCGCCUUCCUAUUCCUAGGCCUGGACAAGUGUUGGGUUUGGUCGGUACGAACGGCACGGGUAAAUCGACGGCUUUGAAAAUUUUGGCUGCUAAACUCAAACCCAACCUUGGUCGUUACGCGAGUCCUCCGGAGUGGCGGGAGAUUGUCUCGAGUUUUAGGGGUUCAGAGCUGCAAAAUUAUUUUACGAAGGUAAUUGAAGAAAGUUUAAAAGUCGUCAUCAAACCCCAAUACGUUGAUCUUGUCCCCAAACAGGUAAAAGGCAAUGUAGGCUCAAUAUUACGAGGACGUGGUGAAGGCGAGGUUGUUGAGGGUUUAAUUGACGAAUUAGAGUUGAGGCAUUUGCUGCUUCGUGAAGUCUCUGAGCUGUCCGGCGGAGAGCUUCAGCGCUUCUGUAUUGCUGCUGCAUGCAAUCAAAAAGCAAAUGUUAUUAUGUUCGACGAACCCUCUUCUUAUUUAGACGUCCGCCAGAGAAUUCAAGCAGCAAAUAUUAUACGAAGAGCCCUGCAAAAUGAUAAUUAUAUCGUUGUAGUUGAGCACGACUUAUCGGUGUUAGAUUAUUUAUCAGAUUUUAUUUGUUGUCUCUGGGGUAAGCCAGGGGCUUACGGUGUAGUGACGACGCCUUUUAGCGUUCGAGAGGGCAUUAAUCACUUCUUAGACGGCUUCAUCCCAACAGAAAACCUCCGCUUCAGAGACGAAGCACUUAACUUCAAACUUGCUGUAGAUCAAGACCUAUUAGAAGAUGUUCAACGUCUUCAUUACUACGAAUACCCCGAAAUGCUAAAAAAGUUAGGCACAUUUUCGCUCAAAGUCGAAGCCGGCAAUUUCUCAGACUCUGAAAUUAUCGUCAUGCUCGGCCAGAAUGGAACGGGCAAAUCUACUUUCAUCAGGAUGCUGGCGGGUCUGCUGACGCCGGAUAACUCUGAGUCGCUGCCUUCAUUUGCUGUUUCGUACAAACCCCAAACCAUCUCGGCGAAAUUCCAAGGCACCGUCAAGGAGUUAUUCUUCGCCAAGAUCCGCGAUGCCUACAACCAUCCACAGUUCCAAACAGACGUCGUGCGGCCUCUAUGCCUCGACCAGGUACCACCAAACCCUAAACCCUAA